AUGAAUUUUACACCUGGUGGUAACUGGAACAAUGUCCAUUUAGUCGGGUUUAGUUUGGGAGCUCACGUGGUUGGUAACGCUGGCCGUACCGGUGGAGGUCAGGCGAGACGUGUCACAGGUUUGGAUCCAGCUGGUCCUACUUGGGGAGGAAACUCAAAUGCUCUUAAUCGUAACUCAGGCAGAUAUGUUGAAGCUAUACAUACCGACGGACGUGCGCUUGGAAUCAUGAACGCAAUUGCAGAUGCUGACUUCUAUCCCAAUGGUGGAAGACAUCCUCAACCAGGAUGUGUGCUAAACUCAUGCUCGCAUGGGCGUGCCACUGAGUUCUUUGCCGCCACAAUUCGUCAUAACCACUUAGUGGGCAGACGAUGCCCAAAUAUUUGGGAGGCUGAACUUUCAACAUGCAAUGGAGCAACCCUGAAUAUGGGUAACGGAAACCUAUCCAAGAGUGGGAGCGGCAUCUAUGGUCUACUCACGGGACGAAAUUGGCCAUUCUAAAGAACAAAGGAGAAUAAAAACAACCCUACUAUUUUGAAGAACUGGUUUAGAGCAUUACAAUAAAUACUCAAUACAUGAGUCUUUAAUAAAUGAAAUCCUU